UUAAGGGUUGCAAGUGGGGUAAAUGUUUUGUGGCGCUUACAUUUCGCUCUCGCCUGGGUACAUUGAUACACUCCUGAACUUGCAUCAAUUGCUAUAAUUUUUGCUAUUUUACAUCGACGUUGGGGCAACAUGUCGGUUGCGUCUGCAUCAAUACAGUUUUUUACUCGUUUGUUACGAUAUCGAACGAAAUGUGGCGUUGCGUUUCACGCAGCAUCUAGGAUUUUAAUAUCACCAUACCUGCCCCAGGUCUUUGGCGGUAAUAAGGUGCUACUGGGCACCUGUGCACAGCCACUCAGUUUCGUGAUAUCCAAUUGUCUCAUCGCUGCAACUCCCAUACGGACUCGGGAGAGACGAAGGUCGAGAGCCGUUUGUCCUCCUAAACACAACCCAACCAAGCCGCACUGCUUCUUGACACAAUGCCCAUUUAACCCGGAAUCCAGCUGCACCAAUGUGUCGGAGGAAACACCGUACACCUGGCGACCGUGUCAGCGUGCACUGCGCUGGUCAGAGGAGAAGGUGACUGUCUAUUUCAUCAACCGCGAUGGGCGGAAGAUCACCACUUCGAGUGCCAAGGGCGACAGUCUUCUAGACCUGGUGGUCGAACAAAACCUAGAUAUUGAAGGUUUUGGUGCGUGUGAGGGGACCCUGGCCUGUUCCACCUGUCAUGUGAUCCUGGAUCAGAAGGUGUACAACCAGCUGGGGCCCAUCACUGAUGAGGAGAAUGAUAUGCUGGACCUGGCCUUUGGCCUCACUGAUACGUCUCGUCUGGGUUGUCAGGUCUGCCUAUCCAGAGAUCUGGAGGGCAUAACGGUCCGUGUGCCAGACCGGGUGAACGACAUGCGGCGGUCUGAUGAUGCUGGACCUACUACACUGUAAAGCAUCUUGUUUUUACAGUAUUAUACAAAACUAACAGUAAAGUACUAUAUUAAUGAUUAAUUGCCCUAAAUUGAAAUGCAAUCUGAGUGGUUUUAGUUGUAACUGAUUAAUUGAUAAUAUACAAUUCCUAAGAAACUUGGUUUAACAGUACAUUCCUGUUAAAAAGUGCUAUAUUUCCAAUGGUUCUGUAAUUCCACCCCACAGAAUACUGUACCCUUCCCUGUAGUGGGUUCAUGGUAUUGUUGUUUUCAUUAACAUAUUAUGAGGUGUGCCUUGUAAGAGGCUGCAACGUUGCAUUUGUUCCACCGGUUAGUGAGAAUGAGGUACCAAUUUAACUGAUACAGUGGUAGUAGUGCCUCAACAAUUGAAUGUGCAUACAGUAGGGGACAGAUUGGAGUGGCAGCAAGUCUUAAACCUUUAAUGGUUUAGUAUUUGCCAUGUUCUUUGGUCUGUUUUACCCUGCAUUCACUGCCAGUUUAGAAGCCUUUGUUAAGGCCUCUAGAAGUGCAAGUUAUAUACAGUACCAGUAAAACAUUUGGACACACCUACUCAUUCAAGGGUUUUUCUUUAUUUUUACUAUUUUCUACAUAGUAGAAUACUAAUGAAUACAUAAAAACUAUGAAAUAACACAUAUGGAAUCCUGUAGUAACCAAAAAAGUGUUAAAUAUUUCCAAAUAUAUUUGACAUUCUUCAAAGUAGCCACCCUUUGCCUUGAUGACAGUUUUGCACACUCUUGGCAUUCUCAACCAGCUUCAUGAGGUAGUCACUUGGAAUGCAUUUCAAUUAACAGGUGUGCCUUGUUAAAAGUAAAUUUCUUUCCUUCUUAGCAUUUGAGCCAAUCAUU